CCCUAUAAAGAACCCUCUCUUUUUGCUGGGCUUUCCAAACACAGUAGCUGAAGAGAAAAAAGAUAAGAUGUCUCUGAAGAAGAAAGUGAUGCUGAAGGUGGCUCUGGUGCUGUUCCUGAUGGCCCUCGCAGCAACCGGCGGGGAGGCUCGCCGUGAUCCUAACACUUUGUUGGCGGAGGCGAUGAUGAAAGGCGAAGGCAAUUACAUAGUGAAAUCAACAACGAGCGCCUGCUGCAACAAGUGCAUCUGCACAAAAUCAAACCCACCUCAAUGCCAGUGCAAUGAUGUGGGAACCACCUGCCACUCUGCUUGUAAGAGUUGCUUCUGUUUGCUGACAUGGCCUCCUUCAUGCAGUUGCUAUGAUAUCACCACUUUCUGCUAUGAGCCCUGUUCUUCCUCCAAUUAAUGUAUCUAAAUCUCUUCAUGGCAUGCACCCAAUUACGAAUAAGCUGAUUAGGCAGCAUGCAUGUUAUCGUCUAGUCUCGUCCAAUUAAGCAAAGCUGUCUUCCAGCUUUGUUUCUGUAUGCAAGUGAGUCUUAAUGUUGAAUAAAAUAGUGUGCCUUGCAUGCGUGCAGUUUGUUUCUUGCAAACUAGUUGCCUGCAGGUUCAUGAUCUUUGUGUUUC